AUGGCGCAUCAAGAGCCACGGGCCCUCACCGAGGCCGAGCUCCGCCGGUACAAAGACUGUGCCGACGAGAACGCCAAGCUCGCAGAGUGCUGGGCAAGUCAUCAGGUCGUCAUCAUAGCCUGCGAGCCAUCCGACUCCUACAAGUACGCAGGAGAGAGAAACUCCCGAGCCGUCGCAAUACACGUCAUGUCGCCGGCCGAGAAACCCGUGUGGGGCCAAUCCCGAAGGCCCCGACAGCGGCAGCAACAGCCGUCCCGGCAACUGUACCAGACGACAAUUCGCUUCCUGGAACGGUCCAAAGAGAACAAGAGCUCCCAGCCGAGGCCGUGGCACACGAAGAUGGGAUCGCACGAAGUAUUCGAGAUGUACUCAUUCGACGCGCGGGAAAAGGCCCGGGAGACGUUUGACGAGCUGGGCGCGGCGUACGUGACGGUAUGCAUCGUGAGCUACGACGUGCGCGAGACGACGCGCGCGAUGGACGGGUUCGGCGUGAGGAUGCCGGCGGGCGCAGUGCUAGUAGACCUAGUCAAGGUUCUGGAACACCAGACGCGGGACGAGGGUAUCCCGGAGGAGCUGAGCGAGUACACGAACGAGAAUAUCGCGGUGAGGAACGGGCGGUAUGAUCGCCGGCCCGGGACGCCGACAGGCCCGCUCGGGAUGCCGAGUGUGCGACUCCUGGAGGUGCUCGGCCCGGCUGCCGCGGGACACCGCGCGGACUUUAAGAGAACCAAGAAAGGGAGCGCUGCGUUGAAAAGAAUUGCGAGCAGGAUCCGGAACGGUUAA